AUGGUGCAAAGCAAGCGCCGCAGCAGCUGCUCCGAGCAGCCCGACGCGAAGAAGCACUCGCCCGGAAAGGUCGAGUUGAGCGCCGACGAUGAGCUCUGCGUCAACACCAUCCGCUGCCUCGGCGCAGACCUCCCGACAAUCGCCAACAGCGGGCACCCCGGCGCGCCGAUGGGCAUGGCCCCGAUGGCGCAUGCACUCUGGGGGCAUGUGAUGCGAUUUUCCGGCAAGCAUCCGCGGUGGUUCAACCGCGACCGCUUCGUCCUCUCCAACGGCCACGCGUGCGCUCUACUGUACUCCAUGCUCCAUUUGACCGGCUAUGACAUGAGCAUCGAGGACCUGCGCAACUUCCGCCAGCUCGACAGCAAGACGCCAGGCCAUCCCGAAGUCCACUACGCCGGCGGCAUCGAAACCACCACGGGUCCGCUGGGGCAGGGUAUCAGCAACGCCGUGGGCAUGGCGAUCGGUACACACCACAUGGCUGCCAAGUACAACAAGCCGAACUUUCCGCUCUUCGACAGCCACGUCUUCGUUUUCUGCGGCGACGGCUGCCUGGAGGAAGGCAUCUCGAGCGAGGCCUGCUCGUUGGCCGGACACCUGGGGCUGUAUCGGUUGAUUGUGCUCUACGACGACAACAACAUCACGAUUGACGGCACCGUGGAUCUCGCCUCCUCGGAGAAAGUCCAGCAGCGCUUCAAGGCCUGCGACUGGCAUGUCGAUGUGGUUCAAGACGGCAACCGCGACUUGAAGGCGCUGAUUCGCGCCAUGGAGGAUGCGAAGAAGCGCACAGACAAGCCGACGCUGAUCUGCGUGCGCACGACGAUCGGCUUCCUGUCCAGCAAAGAAGGAACGGCGAAGGUUCACGGCUCGCCCCUCUCUGAAGACGACCUCCGCAGCGUGAAGGAGAAGUGCGGCCUCAACCCCGACGAAAAGCUUCAAAUCCCUGAAGCCGUUCGCACGUUUUACGACAACGUGAUUGCGAAGGGCGAGAAGGCGGUCGACGAGUGGAACAAGAUGUUCGAGGAGUACAAGAAGGCGUUCCCGGCGGAGGGCAGGGAAAUCGAGCGGAUGUUCAGCCGCGAGGUUCGCGCGGAAGUCUUCGAGGAGCUGCGGAAACUGGGCGAGAUGGCGAAGGAGAAGGCCGACUCGACGCGCGCGCACUCGGGUCGCAUGCUGAACGGCAUCAAGGACUUGAUGCCCGAGCUGAUUGGGGGGAGCGCGGACCUGACGGGGUCGAACUGCACAGAGCUGCAUGAGCAGCCGCUGCAGGCGAGUCACCACGCGGGCCGCCAGCUGCACUUUGGCGUCCGCGAGCACGCGAUGGUGGCGAUCUGCAACGGGCUGUACCACUUUGGAUGCUUCCGGCCCUUCGGCGCGACCUUUUUGAACUUUGUGACCUACGCGUGGGGUGCAACGCGCCUCUCUGCGCUCGCCAAGUGCGGCAUCCUCCUCGUCGCCACCCACGACUCGAUCGAACUCGGCCAAGACGGCCCCACUCACCAGCCGAUCGAAGUCCUCCCGCUCUGCCGCGCGACGCCGAACCUCGUCGCCGUCCGCCCUGCAGACGGCACCGAAGUCGCGGGCGCCUACGCGGUCUGGCUGCGCGACGAGCUCAAGCGCGUGACGCUGCUGUCGCUCUGCCGCAGCUCCGUGCCGGUCCUCGAGGGCAGUUCUUUCGACGGGGUCGCCAAGGGUGCCUACAUCUUGAAGGAGUUUGAGAACAAUGGAAAGAAAAAGGUCAUCAUCGCCGGCAGCGGCAGCGAAGUUCAUUUCUGCGUCGCAGCCCGCAAAAUCUUGCUGGAAAAGGGCGCCUGGGACGUGCGCGUCGUGUCGAUGCCCUGCUGGACUCUCUUCGAUGAGCAGCCUGCGGAGUACAGAAACCGAGUUCUCUGUCUCGCAGACCGCAGAAAGGGCGAUGUCGUUACUGCCUAUGUCGAGGCCGCCUCGCCCUUCGGCUGGGACAAGUACUUUGACGUUCACGUCGGCAUCCCGACUUUUGGCAACAGCGCGCCGGGCAAGGUCCUCUACGCCCACUUUGGCUUCAAUCCCGAGGCGAUUGCGCAGAAAAUCGAGACGUUCAAGCCUCUCGUUUGA